AUGAAAUAUUUUGAUUUCGAAAACAAAACAUGGAAAACUUCACCAGCAUCAAUACCGUCAAUUAAAUCAACUCGUUGCCAUUCUGCAGUCUCUGUUGGGAACACCCUAUUUGUUACUGGAGAAACACCAGAUGGUAACAAUUCCCUUUUUCGCUACGACACUGAGAGUAAUGCAUGGGAUAUGAAGCAACAUUCGUGCGGUGGAUCAAUUGACAAUUUAUGUAUCAUGGAUGACUAUGUAUAUGUCAUUAGCUCUGAUUCAUGUCAGGUUCCUCAAAGAUACAACAUCGCUAAAAGGUUAUGGCAGAGUAUUUCUAAUGUACAUAAUCCAAGCUGGAACCUUUUAGCAUGCAAUAAUGGGGUUAUAGCUCACGAAAAAGUGUUUGUUCUUUAUAGUAACAGGCCCGAUCGCAAAGGACCCAAUCAACCAGCAGUACUUCAAUGUUUCGACCCAACUAAAAAUGAAUGGAGUGAAAAGGCCACAACCUGCCAUCCUCAUUUUGGAUCCACUCUUUUUUUAGUGAAUGACAAACUUUUUAUAGCUGGGGGCCGUAUUGGAUUUAAUAACUACGAUCGCCCAUGUGGCAACCGUGCGCCUGUAGAAAUGUAUAACGAAGAAACCAACACUUGGUCUGUUGUUGAGCAAAAACGUAUUCCUGCCAACAAUCUCAAUGCAGUGGAAAUAGAAGGGAGGGUAUAUUUUAUUAUCAACAAAUUUCCAGUUGACAGUGGGAUUAGAAUUCCACCAGGGGAGUUGUAUCCUGUUCCGCUGGGUGAGUGGGAAGAUUUAGGAAAAAUUGAACAAUCUGCAGUUCUUUGCCAUUUGCCUCUGAAGAGAGAAUGUAUAAAAACUGAAUGA